UUAGGGAACACAAGCCAGAAUGUCUCAAUCGGAGCAGAAUUCGAGAAUGCCCUCGGGAACAGAGGCUAAGAUUGGGAUAAACUGCAAGGAUCAAGUUUUAAAACCGCCAACACGCAAUAGCAAGGCGAGGCGCCAAUUUCAAUGUUGCAUCGCCAGGGAAUACUACAGUGAGUAUUCCAACAUGGUGGAUUCGCUGCACAUCACGCCGCGAAUGAUGAUCCACCACAAGUGCUUCAAGGUCAACAACACGUAUGGGCUGUCGCUCAACAUUAAAAACACUGGACUGUACCCCCGCUUGCUCAAUAUAACCACCGAUAGUCCCGAAGACACUUCAAUUUCCAUAGCGGAACUGGACCUACAUCGCUACUUGGACACCGAUGAGUCUCUGGAGGUUAAGAUCUGGAUACGGACGACCUCCAAAAGAGACAUCAAUCGACGACGCCACAUUUUGGUUGAGUGCUUUCACCCUAACAUCAUCUUCCAAGUGCCCAUAGUUGUUCUGGACAAGUUGAAGUAUCCCUCUAUCAGCGACACAAUCACCUUCCCCAGCUGUGUGCCUGGAAACAAGACCCAUUACGAGAUGAUCAUCUACAACCCCACCAAAGAUCGCGUUCGAGUGCGUUACAGAAACACCAAUCGAGGCCUGGAGAUCAUUGACAACAAUAAGGAUAUCCUUCCGCCGAAGGAUUAUGCAAAGCUUUUGCUAGUUAUCCAGCCAAAGAAGCUAAACGUCUACAGGGGUUUUUUCAACGUUAAGUUUGGAGUGUUGCCUCCCAAACCGGUGAUGUUUGUCUUCACGCCCAAGUCGAUGGCGGUUCAUCUUAAUAUGGGGAGUGUGGUCUUUGGGAUGACCAAGUUCUCGCGCGAGGAAGAGCGUUUGGUGACCGUGUGCAACGAGAGUCAGCACGAGGUCCAAAUAUCUGGUCAGUUUUAUACGGAGCCGCCUGUAGCGGUAAAUCAAGAGGAUAGCGACAGCUUCGAUAAGGAGGAGACGCUCUCCAACAAACUGAUCGACGAAGCCGUCAGCAUGCACAGCGUACUCCUCUACGACUUUGAGGAGCGUACUAGUGUCCAGGAUGUCAGGAUUGAUGCGGAGGCAGUCAAGCACUUUGACUCCGUCGUGCCAAACAGGAUCUCGGCGGGGGUUUCGACGGAGAUCAAGUUGGUCUUCCGGCCGAGCUAUGAUGCCGAUAAUCCGUUUCCGGACGACGUGGAGCCACCGUACUUCCAGCGCACUAAGAUCACUUUUUGCUUCAGCGACGCCGAGGAUUGCAUCGAAUCGCACAAUGUUAUCCUGUCUGGGUUAAUCGGUGGCAUCGACAUGGAGUUCCAUCCGAAGGUGAUCGACUUCAGAAAGAUCUACCUGGGCGAAGAGCACUGCGCCCAGAUCAAAGUUCUCAAUGUUGAUGAUGUGCAUGCCAAAGUGGUUUACAAGGAUUGCUCCGAACCGGAAGUAUGCGGAAUUCGCGUGACUCCUGCAGAGGGCUUCCUGCUGGAGCCUUGCACCCGUGGCAUCUUCAACGUGUCCUUUUACUCCUUGUUUCCCUCCCGUUUCCAGAACACAGUUCGCUUCAAGGUGGAUAACGGGGCCCACUACAAAGUACUGAUAAAGGGCACAGGACAGCCGGUCCAGCUGCGCACCUUCCCGCAACUGGUGGAGUUCGGGAGCGUUCCGAUUGCCGUGCCCCAAAAACGGUACAUGCUGCUCAUGAAUCCCCUGGCUGUGCCCAUUACGCUCCAGGUGAAACCCACUGAAGAUGGUGAGGAAACACCACUGGUACUCAAUAUACGCAGCUCCACGGAGAUGCUCCCCAUCACAGUGAGGGACCCCAUACGGCAUCUGCAGCAAGUGCACGAAGAUCUGCAGAACCAGGAGCCGGAGGAGCACAGGGAAAUUCGCCUCACAACAACCGAGUCGGAAAUUUUGUCCAUGAAGUCCGUCAGGGUGAGCGAGUCCGUCUACAGCUUGGAGUUUGAAGAGGAAGUUAUGGAACCCAUUCCGCAGAUGGCCGCACAUCUGCUGACCAACCUGAAAAAACAGAAGAUCUUUGACAAGUCGGAGACGGAUCGUCGUGUGAUCCAGGAGGCUCUAAUGGGUCUGCUCAACACCAAGUACUUUUCCGUAUUCACCAAGCAUAAUAACUACAUAUUCAUGGACUGGAACGCUCUGCCAAGUGAUCCAAGGGAAGUGUUCUGUGACAACGAGAUUAUCUAUCUUCGUCCAAAUACCGGUCGCAGCAUCACCAUCCUUUUGGUGCCCAACAAGGUGGGCUACUUUCAUCGAUCCCUGUCUGUGCGAAUUUGUCCCGCCGUGGCGACUUCUUUGGAAUCCAGCGAAGAUCACCCCAUUAUGAAAACACUUAUCAAGUCGGAGUUUCUCUGCUCCAAGCUUUGGUUUGAGUACAACUGCGUUGUCCCCGAGAUCUUAUGGUCUAACUUGGUGGACCUCUCACAUCGUACCAUUUACGCUGGCGAGGACUACAACUUUGAGAUGACCUUCUCCAACCGAUCUAUUAUAGGUGCCUUUCUUCACUACGACGUCAUUCCCACCGACAUGACCUUUCGCGAUGGCACCUGGAAAUUCUUUAUAGACGGCGGAUCUGAAAUAACUGCCAAGUGCGCGGUGACCUUCCGCUCCCUGGGCAGCACCCGACUAUCGGGGCUGGUGAAGAUCGUGGGCGCCAACCGGCCAUACGCCUUCCACCUGUUCGCCAACGUUCUGCCCACAGAGAUCCGGGUAACGCCGAUGUACGUUCACCAGCGUCUACAGGUCUACGAAAAGAGCGUGGUACACUUUUAUAUCGACAACUAUACGCCCACGCACACCAAGCUCAGUAUGAGACUGAAAGAUAUAGAAUACCAGUAUCUGACAUUGAGAGGUGGAGCCUUGUCAUCCUCGGGUCAGAGCAUGUACACCACCCUGGUGUCGCUGUUUACGGAUCCCGAUCUGUACCAGAAUACCCUGUAUAUCGACCUCCAGUUCGACAAUGUGAUGAUGAUCCCGAUAACCUUUCUGGUGGAGGGGGUGCCACUGUAUUUUGAGCCCGAUAUCCGGAAAGGUUUCGAUGCAGGAUUGCUGUACACCGAUACCAAGGAGCAGUUCCAGGAGGGCUUCUAUCAGCACCGUUUUCCCAUCCGGGUGAUCAACAAGGGACGUCGCGCCUACCGCAUCCUCAUCAUCCGGUUGAAUACCUAUGGACCAGGGGCCAAUGUCACAUCGGGAUGCGCCACCAACGCCUUGACCUCCCGCUUCGACCUGGAACCGAAGAGCCUCUACAUGUCACCCAGUUACGAAAGUCGGCUGGAGAUCAUGGCCAGCUCCUAUGCGGAGGGUCACGCCACCGGCGACUUCCUGCUGCAGGUCAUUGAUCAAAAGUACCCACAGCGCAAGCACAUCAUAAGGAUCAGGGCCUCUGCAGAGUUCGUGGACUGUCAGCUGAUUUGGAUUCCCAAGCAGCUAAACUUCAACUAUAAGAGCUGUGAGCCCCUUAAAGAGCGAUCCUAUGUGGAGACGCCACUGCUGGUGAAUCCCUGUUCGCCGCCCAUCCACGAGGUUACGCUCCAGGUGACGGGUCCCUUCAGGAUCAAGGAGUUCUACGAGCACACCUACGAAAAAGAGAUUCGGAUCAGUUUGGGUGGUGCGGAGCGAAAGGAGAUAUUUGUGAUCCUCAACAGAGGAGCUCUGAAGCCGCUCCUCUGUCGUCAAAUCGAGGGACGAAUCAAUGUGAUGGCUAUGGGCAGGCAACUGAAGUCAUUGCCACUCCGGGUGGCCAUAAUGGUGCCGGACGUAGUGAUCCUCCAGCCAGAAUUGGUCCUCUUCGAUCGCGGCAAGCCUUACGACAGUAGCAUCAACCUGGUCAACCAGGGGUGCAUGCCAGCCGAGUUCAAGUGGAGGCGGCUGGGUACCACUGAGAUCUUUAUUGGCGACGAGGAUGAUCCGGAUGGCAUUGCAGCGGACAUCCUGUCCGAGAUUCUGCGCAUGCUGGAGUACGACUUCAGCUGCGAGGAUCAGCCAAAUAUGACCAAGAGAUACCAAGAGUGCCGCUGCCAGUUUCGUCGUUUCGAGGAGAAUGGCGACUUCAUUCUGGAGAUCCUAGACGAGGUCAUAAACGACAUGGAUUUAAGGCACCGGCCGUUGCUCUUCCCGCCAAAGGAGCCUCCUGAAGAUGAGGAGGACAGGGAUCAGAGCUCGUCGAGCGUGGUGCGGGAAACCAUCUCGGACAUCCUCAAUCGCCUGCACCUCGACUCCAGCGACCAGUGGUCUGAGGCCUCCUCGGAAUACUGCUUCGCCAGUCGGUACAUCUACUUCUACGAGAAGCGGGGCAUCGUGGAGGACGCGGAUCUGGAGUGCAAGCUCCACCUGCCGCACAUCCGGCGGAGCCACGAGAUGCGGUCCAUCUUUGAGUUGACCCUCCUGGGCGGACGAAGCCAGCGGUUCACCGUCACGCUGGUCAAUCUGCCGCACAAGAUCAAGUUUCACAAGGACAGCAUCUACAUGGGAAUCAAGCCCUGGUACGAGUCCUUUGAUACGACAGUGCGUGUCACCAACGUGACCAAGUAUCCGCUCCAGCUGGUUGUUGUCGAGGUGAAGACCCCGCCUCCAAAGUCUUCCAAGGCGCAACAACACGAAAAGCGUUUGGUGGAUGGCUACUGCAAAAUGACGACCAGCGAUAUGCUGAGCCUGGGGCCACUUGGAGCGGAUCAGAUCCGGGUGAAGGGCAUCCUCGGAUUCAGCGAGAGUUUUAAGCACUCCUUUGGAGCGAUGAUCAACAACAGUGACUCCAACUAUUUUUGCCUGCGGGGACAGGGCGUAAUGCCCAUGCUGGACAUGGCAUCUCCACUGCCCAUGACUCCUUUGGAUCCUCUGGAGGUGGAGGAGGAGUACCGGAUGCUGCAGAAGAUUUACCACUACGAGAUCUUCCGCUCCAUCACAGAGGUGGAUGAAGAGCCAAAACCUGCUGCAGGCGAGGAGGAGAACCAAGUGGAGGACAAAGUCUCCGUAAGCGAGGACUUUUCCUUGCUGUCUUCCACCGAAUCUGAAAUGUCCUCCGAUCGGAAGGACCUUCACGACCUGCAACUCUUCCGUAUGGUUCACACCUACGUGAUGGUGAAUAACAACCAGGAGCUGCCGCACGCCACUGUCUUGAGACAACUGAUCCUGGCGGAGAGGUAUUUAAAGCGGCUCCGGUUGAAGCCCGAGCUGUAUGCGUUGCAUCAGCAGGUCUAUCACACCUACCAAAAGAUGCACAAAGCUCCAGGCCUCAAGCAGCCGGCGAUGGUCAAGCACUUCACAGUUCAACCCGUUCCCUGCGAGCAGCACUGCUACGUCCUGGACUUGGGUUCCUUGAACAGGAACACCGUGCGACGGUUCCAGCUGAAGCUGCACUUCUUCGGACCCGGGAAACUCAUCGCAGCAGCACGCACGGCAGUUAGGAUUCCGGGCCUGUAUGUGGACUUUAACGUCACGGAUGCCAAGCAUGCCGAUAAAAAAUUCUCCUUCUGGGCUGAGAAGUGCACGGCACUGGAGUACUUCAAGGAAAAGUACAGGAAUAUACUUGAACGCCUGCUGGACGCGGAGCAGGAUCCCAAGCUGAAGCACGCCCACUCCUUCGACCUGGACAAGAUGGUGAAGCACCAGCGAGAUCUAGCGCCGAAGGACCGACGUCUGAUCGAGGAGUACUACAACAGCCUGAAUCCCUCCGUCUACCCGGAUCACAAGCACCAUUUCACCCUGGCCAAGAUCUUCUCGGGCUGCCUGUCCAACUAUUCCGGAGUGGACGUGACCAUGGUCGGAUUCUUUAAGCCAGAGUCGCGUUUCUAUGCUAAGGAUCAGCUGGUGGAGGACUACCUGUUCAUUGAUUUGCACAUGGGCCCGACUCUUCCUGUCCUACUAAAAGGCGUCAUCGUUUCCUAGGUACAUCUUGAAAUUUUAGAUGCAUUUAUUGUGG